UGUGCUCUGCCGAUCUAAAGCAGAGAGACACACUAACACCACAACAGCAAGUGGAUGGAAAGAGCCUCUAAUGCAAUGGAGAAAGUGAACUAUGCUGCAGAGAUCAGCGCACUGUAAACCAGCGACAGAAGAAGGGAAACUAUGCUUGUGCGUGUGACAAAGGGGAAUGAAGAAUAGGAUAAAAGGUUUUGAUGAAGAGUUGAGACUGUUCUCAAAAAUGUCACGGAUUUGCGCUCAUGCAAAUACGCAUUUUGCAAAGAUGACAUAACACUUGACAAAAUGGGAUUCCUCAGAGGAAAGAACUUAACUCACGACUUGAAUGAAAAGAGAUAAGGGAUUCUAUUCAAAUCGGAAUUUAGUUUUGUGUUGUGUGUGUGUUUUUUUAAAUACUUGACAAGCCUCCGCUUUGAGUAAACGCAGAAAGAAAUAUGAAUUUGGGCAAAGCACUUCUGUUUUUCCUCCUCUCAAAUUGUGUGACCAUGACUUUGUCGCUAUCCACUUGCACCACUGUGGACAUUGACCACAUCAAGAAAAAGAGAGUAGAGGCGAUCCGGGGACAGAUUCUCAGUAAACUCCGACUGACCAGUCCGCCACAAACAACAGGUCCAAAUCAAGUGCCGUUUCAGGUUCUGGCCCUUUAUAACAGCACCAAGGAGCUCAUUGAGGAGCUGGGAAGAGACAGGCAGCAAAGUUGUGGACAGGAUAACACGGAGACUGAAUACUAUGCCAAAGAGAUUUACAAGUUCAACAUGAUCAAUGGUCUGCCAGAAAACAAUGACCUCCCCUACUGCCCUAAGGGUAUCACCUCGAAGGUGUUCCGCUUCAAUGUCUCAGCCAUGGAGAAGAACUCCACCAACCUCUUCCGGGCUGAGUUUCGAGCCCUGCGGGUGGCCAACCCCAGUGCCAAGAGAAACGAGCAGAGGAUUGAGCUCUACCAGAUUCUCCAGAAAGAUGACCACAUAGCCAAACAGCGCUACAUUGGGGGCAAGAACGUCCUAACCAAGGGAACGCCUGAAUGGGUCUCAUUUGACGUCACAGAGACAGUUAGGGAGUGGCUUAUGUACCGACAGACCAAUCUUGGCCUGGAGAUCAGCGUGCACUGUCCCUGCCACACGUUCAGUCCUAAUGGUGACAUUAUUGAAAAUGUCAAUGAGGUGCUCGAGGUCAAGUUCAAAGGUAUGGAGGGAGAAUAUGAGGACCGGAAUCGCCCAGACCCGACUCGUCUGAAUAAACAGAAGGAGCAGCUCUAUCCCCACCUCAUCCUCAUGAUGCUCCCUCCCCACAGACUAGAUGCCCAAUCUUCCUCCCGCAGGCGCAAGCGGGCACUUGACACCAAUUACUGCUUCUCCAAUUAUGAGGAGAACUGCUGUGUGCGGCCACUAUAUAUUGACUUCCGCCAGCACUUGGGCUGGAGGUGGAUCCAUGAGCCUAAAGGGUACUAUGCUAACUUCUGCUCUGGUCCCUGUCCUUACCUACGCAGUGCAGACACCACCCACAGCUCGCUGCUAAGCCUGUACAACACCUUGAACCCUGAGGCAUCCGCCUCACCCUGCUGUGUUCCUCAAGACUUGGAGCCCCUCACCAUUCUCUACUAUGUGGGUCGCACCCCUAAAGUAGAGCAGCUCUCCAACAUGAUCGUUAAGUCGUGCAAGUGCAGCUAAAUGUCUUUGGAGUCCAGCGAGAAACCUGGGAUCUGACAGCACCCAGCACUACUCAGGAGGGGUAUGGUGGGGGGAGGGUAGUGUGCCCUCUAUGAGUACCUCUACCCAUCACCACACCCUUCCCCCUAUAUCGGCCAUGCCCGAGCUCUUUCACAUGAACAAACCCUGCAGAUGCGGCCCCCCACUUUGCUCACAAUCAUUGGCAACGUGAACCUAGAGGAUGUUUCAAAUACUACUUCACUAACAACGCUCUCAAAACCAUCAGAACUUUUGACCAUCAGCAGUGGCCUUUCCACAUCAGUGUUUUCUUCCUGUUUUUCCAGCAUUCUGAACAGCCUGUAUCUUUAUGCUACACGACAUGGGCAUUCAAAGCCCAUUUUCAAUGAAAAGAGGAACACAACAAAAAUCUUCUGGCUAUGACCCCGGCAUACUGAAGGACAUCAAAGUAACUGCAGUCAAAACGAGAAAAUGACUGAGAAUGCAGACUGAACUCAGCAUGAUAGGAUCAAGUCAAAGGGGUAAAACAAAGAUUGUUUGCUUAAAGCAAACGCAUCCCUCGGCCAACAAUGCAUGGCCCCGACACACAGGACACAUUCGAUUGUCUGCGCUGGAAAUGAGGGCUGUGCACGCCACACCUGCCGACACUGUUAAUUUAGGAUUAAAUGCUGUUGGAUAAAAAUGAUCUUAGGAAAAAAAUGCUGGAAACCAACCUUUAUUCAAAAUAGUAUUUUCAUGGUUAUGUUUACCUCUGUAAUGCAACAGGACGGUGUUUCCUGGGAUUGUGUUCUUCUGAAAUGAAGCCUUUCUGUUGUAUGAGACAAUGUACGUCACUAAGUGAACACUUCACUAGAUAAACUGUAAAUGUUUUUCUUAUUACUCUUGGAAACACUUUUUUUUAAUUAAAAUAUGGACAG